GGGGAGGCGAGCGGCGGCGGCGGCGGCGGCGGGGGCGGUAAUGGCGGAGCUGGUGCAGGGGCAGAGCGCUCCGGUGGGGAUGAAGGCCGAGGGCUUCGUGGACGCUCUGCACCGGGUCCGGCAGAUUGCUGCUAAAAUUGAUUCAAUUCCUCACUUGAAUAAUUCCACACCUCUGGUGGACCCCUCAGUGUAUGGAUAUGGAGUACAAAAACGGCCCUUGGAUGAUGGAGUAGGUAACCAGUUAGGGGCCUUGGUACAUCAAAGGGCAGUAAUAACAGAAGAAUUCAAAGUGCCUGAUAAAAUGGUUGGAUUUAUUAUCGGCAGGGGAGGUGAGCAGAUUUCACGGAUUCAAGCAGAAUCUGGUUGCAAAAUUCAGAUUGCUUCAGAGAGUUCUGGGAUUCCAGAGAGGCCCUGUGUACUUACCGGAACCCCAGAAAGUAUUGAACAAGCCAAGCGGCUCCUGGGGCAGAUUGUGGACCGCUGUCGGAAUGGACCUGGCUUUCAUAAUGACAUAGACGGAAACAGCACAAUCCAGGAGAUUCUCAUCCCAGCAUCUAAAGUGGGUCUGGUCAUCGGCAAAGGAGGGGAAACAAUAAAGCAGCUGCAGGAGCGGACAGGUGUGAAAAUGGUCAUGAUCCAGGAUGGUCCGUUGCCAACGGGAGCAGACAAGCCUCUUCGAAUCACUGGAGACCCGUUUAAAGUACAGCAAGCAAGAGAAAUGGUACUAGAGAUCAUCCGAGAAAAAGACCAAGCUGACUUUCGGGGUGUUCGCAGCGAUUUCAGCUCUCGAAUGGGAGGAGGCAGUAUAGAGGUGUCUGUGCCUAGGUUUGCUGUUGGAAUUGUAAUAGGAAGAAAUGGAGAAAUGAUCAAAAAAAUCCAGAAUGACGCUGGCGUGAGGAUUCAGUUUAAACCAGAUGAUGGGAUUAGUCCAGAAAGAGCCGCACAGGUCAUGGGGCCUCCAGAUCGAUGUCAGCAUGCGGCACACUUCAUCAACGAGCUCAUUCUGACGGCCCAGGAAAGAGAUGGCUUCGGUGGCCUUUCGGUAGCCAGAGGAAGAGGCCGAGGCCGAGGUGACUGGAGCGUGGGAACCCCUGGUGGCGUGCAGGAGAUAACAUACACGGUGCCUGCAGAUAAGUGUGGCCUCGUCAUAGGUAAAGGGGGUGAGAAUAUCAAAAGUAUAAAUCAACAGUCAGGAGCACACGUGGAGCUUCAGCGGAACCCCCCUCCAAAUACCGACCCCAACCUGCGAAUAUUCACCAUCAGGGGAGUUCCUCAACAGAUCGAGGUGGCCAGACAUCUCAUAGAUGAGAAAGUUGGUGGUGCCAGCCUUGGAGCACCUGGAGCCUUUGGACAGAGCCCCUUCAGCCAGCCACCUGCUGCACCUCAUCAAAACACCUUUCCUCCAAGGAGUUCAGGGUGCUUCCCAAACAUUGCUGCUAAAGUGAACGGAAACCCCCAUAGCACCCCUCUGAGUGGUCCACCGGCCUUCCUGACCCAGGGGUGGGGCAGCACCUACCAGGCAUGGCAGCAGCCCACACAGCAGGUCCCAAGCCAGCAGAGCCAGCCGCAGAGCAGCCAGCCUGACUACAGCAAGGCCUGGGAAGACUAUUACAAAAAACAGAGUCACGCUGCCAGCGCUGCUCCUCAGGCCAGCUCCCCACCGGACUACACAAUGGCUUGGGCGGAAUAUUACAGACAGCAAGUUGCUUUCUACGGGCAGACACUAGGGCAAGCUCAGGCCCACAGCCAGGAGCAGUAGAACAAUGUCCUUGCGGCUGUUUUUUCCCCUUGAAAUCAUUGUGAAAGAAAACCUAUUUGUAACAGAGGUUUUUAGAUUUGCAAACCUUUUGAUGAAGAACCUUUGUUUUGUUCUGUGAAACACUAUAUUUAGAUUAACAGAAUUUUUCUAAAAAUCGGGAAAAAUUAGUUACUAAAAAUCGCUGGUAAUUUUUGUUUCAUUAUUUUGUUGUUAUUUCAAAUGUGUGAGCUCUGGGAUUCUUUUUGGAGCAAUACCUGCACAAAGUCAGGCACCAGAGUGUACCUCAGAGCAGUGACAUUUCAACAUGGUGUUUUUUUGUUUUGUUUUGUUUUAUUUUUUUGCGUGUCUUUUUAUUUACAGUUUUUUUCUGUUGCAACAGAAAGUGGCUUGGAAGUCUUAGGUGGUAUGUAACAAAUCCUUUUUAAAAAAUUUUAAACAGUAUUUAAUUAAAUGUGUAAAUUCGUUUAAUGUUUUACUUCUAAUUUCUUGUAUCUUGGCUGUCUGGUUUUAUUGCAUUUUUUAAAAAACUGAACUAUUACGUAUUGUAAUUAAUUAUGUGAAUUCUGAAUUGAGACAGAUAAUUGUAUUGCUGUCCAACAGGAACUGGGAGGGGCAUUUUAUAGGGUUUGUAUAAUUUCUAGAGUUCUAAAGGGGUAAUAUAAAAAUGUGUUCAUGUUUUUAGCAUACAUUUUUCUCAUGUCUCCAUCACCCGUUGCAGUUGUGUAUCUAAGACCUCCAAGCUUGUUUUAAAAACAAAACAAAAAACCUUUCUCUAUUCUCUCAGAAAUAUAAAUACUGUUAUUUUUAAUAUUAAAAAGAAAUUCGAUAUAACUUUUAACAAACACUGUGGAACAUUAAACCGUAUAAAAAUGUAGUAACUAUUUUUUAAUUCCAAGGUGUUUUUUGCUUUUUUCUUUUAAAUAUUUUCUUAAUAUUUGUCAGAUUAACUAGAUGAAUAAAUAAAUCUAGUAUUAACCACAGUAUGAAUUAAAUAAUUUUGAUUUAAUAAAAGGGAUAAUAUGAUUUUCAAUGUUUACUGUAGUGUAUCUUGUACAGAUAACAUGUAUUUUUAAAGGAAAAAAAACGGAAUUGAAGCUAUUUUUUCUUGCGUUUUUAAUUGACCUGAGGGACAUUCCGUUUGAAAUGUACUGAAGUUACAGUUGCUGGUUUUUUCUCCUUAUCUUCCUUAUAAUGCUUGAAAUGUCUAACUAUUAAAAAAGACAAUUUGAAAAUGUUAUGCAUGAUGUUUAAAAAAAAAGUGUUCUUUUUAUUUGACUGACAAUUCAUUUUACACUCUAUAUAAUAAAAUGUCCACAAGACAUCUUGUGGGUGAAGUA